AUGGCGAACGGAAAGAUCCAAUGCUUUCUUGACAUUGCCUCAUACUUCAGCUACAUUGCCUUUGCGGACCUACUGCCCAAUUUGGAUCUAUUGGCUGCUCAUGGUGUCGAGGUUGAAUUUGUCCCGGUUUUGAUUGCUGGUAUCAACACCCAGUCGGGCAAUAAACCGCCAUGGACAUUGCAAGCCAAGGCCGAAUAUCUGCGCUACGAUUCGGACAGGGCAAAGGAAAGAGUUGGGAAGGCCGGGAUUGCAUUCCCCAAGGACUUUUUGUCCAUGGCCUUGACCGUACUUCCGCAGCGAGCCAUGCACUACAUCAAGCGCAACUACUCUACUAAGCAGUACUUGACUGCGAUGCACUACUUGUUCCACGCGUUCUGGACGCCCCCGCACAAGAACCUGACCAAGCAGGAUGUCUUGAGAGAGGUUCUGGCUAGCGUGCCGUCCGACUUCCCCGGCCAGGGUGCUCCACUGUUCUCAUCCCAGGAGGUUGACGACAUCAUCAAGGCCGCGGGGACGCAGGAGUAUAAGGAUGCCCUCACGAGCAGUACCGACGAGGCCGUUGCCAAGGGAGCCUUCGGGGCGCCUUGGAUAUUUGUGACGAAUGCCCGUGGUGCAGAAGAGCCCUUUUUCGGGAGUGAUCGCUUCAACCAUAUUUACAAGUUCUUGGACCUGCCAUUCCGUGACAUCGAGUUGCUCCCCCCGACCAAGGAAUCAAAGAUUUAG